AUGGAGCUCACCCCGGCGUCUGCCGCGCGUCGCUUUAUGAAGGUCCACGUCCAGAUCCCUCCUUCUCCUCUUCGCCUGUACCACAGACCCAGUUUAGCUUCCCCCAUUCCUACCACUAGCAGUUGCCUCAAAGAAAAUACGACUGUACCAACAAUACCCAGUAGUAUGAAGAUCAAGAGAAAAGCGGAGGACCAAGAGAUAGCUGGCUCACCUGCCAAGAAAGUUAAACCGAUUCCUACGGAUGCACCAGGCGUGUACUGCCAUCAAUGUAAUAGGAAGCGCGAUCCUGCCGACUGUCUUCAAUGCACUUCGGUGCAAAUGCGUUCUGGUCAAGUUGCGUCGCGUCGUUGCGCCGUGAAAUUCUGCCGUACCUGCCUCAAAAAUCGAUAUAGCACGAAUUUGGACGCCCUCAAGUUAUCUGAUGGUUCAGUUAGCGCAGAAGGCCAUGUCAAAGAAGCAGGUUAUGUAUUCAGAUGUUAUAAAUGCAGGGACAUUUGCAACUGUUCGCGUUGCAGAAAGAUUAAAGGAUUGGCGCCUAUAGGGAACCAACUGCAGAUUGCCCGUAGAGAAGGCAGCAAAUCUUCGGGACCUCCCGUCGCGAAUGUCGUUUCCUCUGCAAACAACUCCGGGGGACCUACCUCUACCAAGAAUCAUACCACUACCGUCAGGAAGCCCAAGAAGAAAGCUAUGCCAAGCGUGGCCUGGACUAGCAUCCAAUCAAAACUCGGUGUUGCUGACGCUGAAGCGCGGAUUUUCAUCAGAGAGCUUGUUCUACGCUUUGCACAGUCAACCGGAUCAGCUAUCAGCAAAGCGCAUCUUGAAGAGAUGGCUCAUAUUGGAGGCAGGGGACGUGCCAGUGACGAUGACGAAUUGGUCGAAUGGAUAAGCGAGCCUGCUGUCAAGUCCAUUCUGUUGUGGUCGUUGGGUAUUUUAUCGUCCGAAGCAGGCGAUGAGUCUAUCGGGAAGCCGGUCAGAGUCUGCUCUAAAGAUAUCCGAGGAUCAGGGGCUAACCUCAACAAGAUAUGGGAUAGUCUCGUUGUCCUGCGUCAUUCUAUCGAGAAUCUCAAUGGCGCAGUCUUCAUACCCGACCCUCUGCCCUGUCCGGACUCGGCAGUGACACACAACACUCGCAGUGCGCGCGGCUCGAACCGUCCCGAUAGCUCAAUAUUCAUUGCAUCUUCCGCACAACUAGUCCCUGUUGUCCUCAGCCUCGUAGAGUCUGUGCUUCAGACACAGGCCAUCAGAACCGAGAUCGAGGAUGGUGUGAGGCUCGGAAAAGAUCGGACUAGAGAAAAGCAAGAAGCUGUGAGAAAGGAGCACGAACGGUGGGAUAGUAUGAAAGGGCUCACAGAUCAUAAGAAAGGAGCCGAGGUCGGUCAUUUUCCACUCCGCCAUAUGCAAGAACUCAAAGUGAAACGUCAUGAACAUAAAGAAAUCCUCGAAAACUUGGACAGCGCUCUGAAAGUUGCUUCUCACGAUUUCUCUGUGCGUUCGGGUCCUUUGGGUAUGGACAGAGAUGGUCGAAUCUACUGGGCCCUUUCACCUGGUGUACACGAUCGCCAGUAUGCCAUGCAGUAUGUUUCUGCGAUGGCAGCGGGAACCAAGAAACCCAAGAAGGGGAAAGGCUGUACUCGCGCGGCAAAGGACGAAUCGUCUCUGUCGGAUUGGUCGUCUUUCAUCGCUGUUUGGGGACAGAAGCCGAAGACAGGUACGCCACUGACCCACGAAGACGACAGUGACGAGGAUGGAGAGAUGGACCAAUGGUGGGGUUUCUCGGAUCCUGAGGACAUCAGAAAGCUAGCGGAUUGGCUUUCCAUUAUUUCGGGCCUGGAAGAAGAUGGCUCUGAAAGUCCCCCGGCCAUCGGUGAGACUGUUAGAAAUGGUAAUUCAGUUAAAGCUCUCGUUCAUAAUUUGAAGGAGUAUGCCACCGUUCUGGCGUGGAGAUGCAAGGAUGAGAACGAAUAG